CAAUUUCCUGCUUAUAUUCCCUCUCUCAAGUGGCAACCUCUCACUAGCUCAAUUUUUUUUUCUUUCUCUAUGGCAAGUGAAGGAGAAUUUUCACUUUCACGUGCAACGCACAUGCAAUAUUUUACAGACGAAGAUGAAGAAGAAGAACAAGAACAAGAAAUGGGAGAAGAAUUGUUAGAAGAUGAAGAAGAAAGCUCACAAGAUUGCAGAAGCUUGUAUAUGUGCGGUCCUCGCCGGAAAGGGUGGUCGUUGGGGCAAGUUUUGGACCCGAGAGCCAAAUGGGUUCAAGAAUGGAAUAGGGUUUUCCUCCUUGUGUGUGCCACGGGCCUCUUUGUGGACCCAUUGUUCUUCUACGCUCUCUCUAUAAGCGAAACGUGUAUGUGCCUCUUCGUCGACGGGUGGUUCGCCAUCACCGUGACUGUUCUCCGCUGCAUGACCGACGCGUUGCACGUGUGGAACAUGUGGCUGCAAUUAAAGAUGGCCAAAAGACUAUCAUACCGCCCCAACGACGACGCAGAUGAAGGUGAAGGAAGAGGAGAAAGAAGUGGCAUGAAUACUCGCCACGUGGCCCUCAAGUACUUGAAAGCCAAGAAGGGAUUCUUCUUUGAUCUCUUAGUAAUCCUACCUCUACCCCAGAUUGUACUAUGGGUGGCAAUUCCAUCCCUGUUGGAAAGAGGAUCGAUAACCCUAGUAAUGACGGUGUUCUUGAUCAUCUUCCUCUUCCAAUACCUUCCGAAGAUUUACCACUCCGUUUGCCUCUUACGCCGAAUGCAAAGCCUUUCCGGCUACAUCUUUGGAACCGUUUGGUGGGGGAUUGCUCUCAAUAUGAUUGCUUAUUUUGUCGCCUCGCAUGCGGCCGGGGCAUGCUGGUACUUGCUAGGGAUCCAAAGGUCAGCAAAAUGCUUAAAAGAGCAAUGCAGAGGAGUGGAGGGUUGUGACCUGAGACUAUUGGCUUGCAAAGAGCCAAUUUACUAUGGAACAAGUAAAAUGGUGAGGGAUAAAGCAAGGCUGGUUUGGGGAGAAAACAAGCAAGCAAGAAGUACAUGCAUUGAUAGUACUGAUAACUACGAUUAUGGAGCUUAUAAAUGGACUGUUCAGCUUGUAACCAAUGAUAGUCGCCUUGAGAAAAUACUUUUUCCUAUCUUUUGGGGUCUCAUGACUCUCAGCACUUUUGGGAAUUUGGAGAGCACAACAGAAUGGCUAGAAGUUGUUUUCAACAUCAUUGUUCUUACAAGUGGACUCCUCCUGGUCACGAUGUUGAUUGGAAACAUCAAGGUGUUUUUGCAUGCAACUACGUCAAAGAAACAAGCAAUGCAGCUGAAGAUGAGGAAUAUAGAGUGGUGGAUGAGGAAGAGGCGACUUCCUUCGGGGUUCCGGCAGAGGGUCCGGAACUAUGAGCGACAACGGUGGGCAGCGAUGCGCGGUGUUGAUGAAUGUGAGAUGAUCAGAAACCUCCCUGAGGGGCUUAGGAGAGAUAUCAAGUACCAUCUUUGCCUGGAUUUAGUUAGACAGGUACCAUUAUUCCAACACAUGGAUGAUUUGGUCCUAGAGAAUAUUUGUGAUCGUGUGAAGUCCCUAAUUUUCACCAAAGGAGAAACUAUAACUAGAGAAGGUGACCCUGUGCAAAGAAUGCUAUUUGUAGUAAGGGGACAUCUCCAAAGUAGCCAAGUUCUCCGAGAUGGUGUCAAAAGUUGCUGUAUGUUAGGCCCUGGAAAUUUCAGUGGUGAUGAGCUCUUGUCAUGGUGUCUUCGGAGACCCUUUAUCGAAAGACUGCCACCAUCUACUUCAACACUUGUAACUCUUGAAACUACCGAGGCAUUUGGCCUGGAAGCUGAAGAUGUUAAAUAUGUUACACAACAUUUUCGAUACACGUUUGUUAAGGAAGGAGUGAAGAGGAGUGCAAGGUAUUACUCUCCAGGGUGGAGGACUUGGGCAGCUGUGGCAAUUCAGUUGGCCUGGAGGAGGUAUAAGCACCGGUUAACGCUUACUUCACUGUCGUUUAUUAGGCCCCGGAGACCUUUGUCGAGGAGUAACUCAUUGGGGGAGGACAGGCUCAGGCUUUAUACAGCUAUGUUGACUUCACCAAAGCCAAAUCAAGAUGAUAUUGAUUUUUGAAAGGGUGAAAAAUGAUGUGUCAAAUGUGGAAUUUACUUGAUGAAAGUGCAGCUGUAGGCUCUGAAAGUCCUCUUUGUUCCUGUAUUUUAGAGUAGUACAUGCUCGGAUACCACCUGUAAUGACCUGAUUGAGUAUGAGACUAUUGUUUACUUUGAUUCGGCCUGUGGUUUUGUUCUAUAAAAAUGCAGGCAAGGAUUUAAACCCGAAUCGUUAAAACUAAAAGUCUAAUACUCUGCCAAUAAAUCACAAGACCGUUGGCUCUCUGUUUUAGUUGUUGAGUUAUCUUACAUUAACCUUAUAAAAGCAAACAAAAAAAAAGGAUAAAUUUUAGUAGAAAGACUAGGAUAAAUUUUCUA